AUGGCUGAAUACUACUUCCUUACUACCGGCAAUUCAGUUCCCAUAGCCCCUCACGGCACAGCUCGCAGCCACGCUAUCAGAAAUGCUCUCCAGGUUCGCGAGGCUGGGCCGCAGGGCACUAAGAAGACCUCAAAUUCCCAGAGGAGCUCACAAACCAUUGUCAGGCUGCAGCGAAAUUUAGCAGGCAGAUUCCGAGUUCAACAAACCCAUAAGCAGGACAGGGUCAAUGAAGCACCCGGGCAAUCUGCUUCAGUUGCGGAAAAAGCCUCUGAGCCAGCGCUACGUUUAUCGUCUGCGAAGGAUCAACAAAACGAAUGUGCACGCUGUGAUGGACAACUAGUGACCAGGGCUCCAUCUGUCGUUUCAACCAGCAUAAUGCAGGAAGUUAGAAUCAUCGCGACAGACGCAUCUUGCUCUCUACCUGCAUUUGACGUAGCAAGUAGUAGGGAUUUGCUCCGAUUUUUUUUAAGCCAGCUCAUGGUAGCACAUCAACAGCAAUCUUGGUUCAAGAUGGCCAUGGCUACGCCCGUACUAAUGAACAUCACUCUGGCCCUUUCCGCCACCAUAUGGUUGUCAACUUAUCCCGAUGCGCAUCCACUCAUCAAGAGCGAAGGUAUCUUGCGAAAAGCAGUAGCCAUCAAAGACGUUAAUACCCUUUUGCAAGCGCCUUCUAUUGGUUACGAAGCAAUAGCUCUGGUUGCUAAGCUGAGCUUCAUCGCAGGAGCGGAGGGGUUUUUCACCGAGGCCGAGACGCAUUUUAACGCUGUUCGUAAGCUUAUAGGGAUCAAGGGAGGUAUUGAAAUGCUGAAGAAUUCACCCGAAACUGUCCAAGCAGUAACUUGCGCCGAUCUACAGUUGGCUGCUAUACUUGGCCACCUUCCACUUCUUCCUUGGACUACUCACUUGGACCAACUUUUGAAUGAUGACAGACCUGCUGAGUCAAGCAUGAUGCUAUUCAAAAAGGUCAUUCAAGAUCUACGACGAGUGAUUCAUUUUCGGAUUAUUGGACACCGAAUUUCAGACACUGUCAAAGAUUUACUGAACUACGCCGACGUUCAAAUUCUCAACGCCCUGCAAAUUCAUACUGAUACGAUGGAGACAAAAUUCGCCAGGAGCUUACACGCCGCUGCGCACGUCUUUUCUCACGUCCGCCUACGCAGGUGGUCAAAAAAUGGACAUGUUGCACGUAUUCUCGUUCUUCGAUUGAGACGUACGUUUGAUGACAUAAACCUCGACGGAGGCCACUGCAGGAACACCCUUACGGCUCUCUUAUGGGCGAUACUUAUUGGGGCUAUUGCUGGCGACGACCACCACUCGGAACUGGAACGUGACUGGUUUGUGUCACAAUCUCUGCGAGUGGCGCAUAUCCUUGGAAUAUAUUCCUUGAUAGACGUAAAGUCGCUUCUCCAAACAUUUAUAUGGGUUGAAGACUUUGGGAGCGAUUUUUUGGAACGCUGGCUAGUGUUGCUUAAGGGGGGUUUGUGA